UUUUUUGGGGCAGUGCAACAAAACUUUUAGCGAGUUGUGGUUGUUUCGAUCUGGUUCAGAGCUCUGGGAACGGAAUGGUGAUUAGAAAACUCUGAGAUAGGAGGCAGGAAGAUGUCUGUGGAGGUGGACAUGCUGCUGCAGGAGGCAAAGGAAAGUAUCGAGGCAGCUCAGAACUACCGUUGUGAACUUCAGCAGCGCCUACAUGGUCUCAGCCAGGCACGCAAACAGGUGCGGGGCAGCUCAGGUCAGGCCCGUGAGGCCCUCCAUAGGCACUUUGCAGAGUUGCAGGCAGCAACAAACCGGUUACUGACUGAACGACUGAACGUUCUGCUGGCUGAAGUAGACACCAUUGAAGCAGACAGCAUCAAGCCACUCGAGGACUGCCAGCAGCUCAUCGAGCAUGGUGUGGGCCAGGCUGACGAGUUACUGAGAGAGGGGGAGGCGGCUCUGCGUUGUGGUAUGGGAGACGAGGAAAACAAAUUGGGCGUUUUCACUGAGAAGGCCUUACACAUCCAGCUGGACAGCCUGCCAGAGGUACCAGCAUUGGUGGAUGUGCCCUGUGUUUCGGCUCAGCUGGACGACUCCCUGCUUGGCCUACUGAAGGAACGGGUGUCGCGUCACGGUUCUGUCUCUUCUCACCCUCCCGUUCAAAUAGAUGAGCUGCAAGAGAGACCAGGCAGUAUCCUGGUCCGCUGGUGUAAGGUGGAUGAUGACUUUGCAGUGGCAGAUUAUUGGUUGCAGUACCGGCAGUGUGACAACAAUGUGGUCCAGUACGAGGAUGCUUACAUUGGACGGGAGUGUGAGUUCCUGGUACUCCACCUGGAUCCCCACACCGAUUAUCUGUUUAGGGUCUGCGCCCGCGGGGAGGGUCAUACUGAGUGGAGCCCCUGGAGCGUUCCACAGAUAGGAGCCACCACACUGGCACCACACGAAUGGUGUCCAGGUACUGAGGGCUACAUCCUCAGCAGUAGAAGAAACAUCGCCAUGCGGAGCGACUCGUCCCUGUCACGCUGUCCCGUCCUCUACUCCAAAGUGCCCACCUACUUCUGUGGCCUGACCCUGACUUUCAAGAUCUCUGCUGUGGGUCAGGUGGAUGGCAGGGACAGUCUGGGCGUGUGUGUGGACAACAUGACAGAGGCUGAAUCGCUUCAGAGGGACCAGGCCGUCUGCAUUUCCACAAAUGGCGCUGUGUUUGUCAAUGGCAAAGAGAUGACCAAUCAGUUGCCUGCCGUCACUGUUGGCUGUGCUGUGACCUUUGACAUGGAAGUGGUCAACCUGUUCCCGAUCAACAACAACAAGCUGGGUGAUGGGGGAAGCUUCAAGUUGAGGGUGACCAUUGGCUCAGGGAACCGCGAGGUGGUAUUUGAUUGGUUGGUGGACCAGGCGGUGGACUGCCUCUUUUUUGGUUGCUCUUUUGUCCACCCUGGCUGGAAAGUGCUUGUGUUUUAGGGACUCUGCCUGUUUUGUGUGUUUGUUUGUUUGUAUUUUUUAAGAUUUAGUUGGAGGUGCUCACCUGAUCUCAUCACCUUUGCGAGUGUGAAUCCAGGUAUUGUGAGUUUUCCUUUGUGGUUCUGUUACAGACAUUUCCAGGAGGUUGCAGACUUGAGAAUCAAAAGGAAAUUGCUUGUUGCUUCACUGAAUGCCGUUAGCUUGUUUUUGGUAUGAUGUUCCAUGUCUUUCCUUGUUGGAUAUCCACAUCAGUGUCUGUAUGUCACACUCAUUGUUCCAAGUGCAUCCCUGAUUAUGUUGAAAGCUGUUUUUAAUCUUUUUAAAAAUGGGGCGGGAAAAAAACAAAAACUGUCAGUAUAUCCUGAAAAGCACUUGGUGUUCCUCAACAUAUCUUACCAUACCUACAAAUCACCAAAGAUGGCUGCCACAUGAAUACACGUC